UCCUCCUGACGCGUCCUGGCCUCGUCAGAGUCCAACAGCAGAAGGUGGCAGUAGUUUAGGCUUUAGUUUAGUUCAGCUGCCGGUGCGUCCUGUCCUGUCCUGUCCUGUCCUGCCAGGUGGACUCACACUACACGGAGAGUUUUGUUCCGUGGAGAUAUGGAGGAGACGGGCGGUGCUACAGCGUACGGGGCUUCGCUCGCAGGAGGAGGCUUCGACUUCUACAAGUUUGUCCGACAGCCGCAAACCAUUGUGCGCAUACUGAGCUGGGUCUUUGCCAUUGUGGUGUUCGGCUGCAUCACGACAGAGGGAUACAUCAACCCUCCCACCAGUUCACAUGCCAAGUGCAUCUUCAACCAGAAUGACUCGGCGUGCCAGUAUGCUGUCAGUGUCGGAGUGCUGGGCUUCCUGGCAUGUGUUGGGUUCCUUGUGCUGGAUGUUUACUUGCCUUUCAUGAGCAGUGCACAAGAAAGAAAAUAUGCUGUGAUGGCAGACCUGGGCUUCUCAGGGGUGUGGACCUUCCUGUGGUUCGUAUGUUUCUGCCUGUUGGCCAGUCAGUGGGCUCGCACGCAUGAUGUCAGUGGUAUUCCUGAGGACGCUGCACGUGCUACCGUGGCCUUCUCAUUCUUCUCUAUCGCCACCUGGGGAAUUCUGACCUACUUUGCCCUGGUUCGUUUUCGUCGUGGUGUUAAUGAAGUCACCAUCCCAACAUAUACCGAACCUACGCCGGAACCCCACACCCCGUACCCUCCGACAUAUGCUCCUCCCUCCUACAACCCGACCACCUACACCCCCACCACGUACUCAGUCUACCCCUCCAGUGGGCCCGAGAUGCAGCCGUCUCCCUUCACCCAAAACACCCAGCCACAGGGAGACAUGGGCUACCAGCCACCCGCCUACUGAGACCCCGACAGAGGGGGGAGGGGUGUGACUGCACUGCACAGACCCAGGACUAGAUCGCACUGAUGUGGUUCUACAUGUUCUUUUACAACUCAGCGCUGCAGUUACAAGCGAGAGAAGAGGACAAUGCUUUCAGACCUUUAAGACAUCAGGCUGAAGGUUGAGUUUAUCAGUAGAUACAACUUUUACCUCAUAUGGGCUGAUAGACAGAGGAUAGGUAGAAUACCCAGGAGGUCAAAGGUCACACACUGUGACAUUAAAACAUUUAAUACCUUUGACAAUAAGAGCACCACUUAGUCUCUUUACUCUCUGGUGUGCAUUUGUACAUAGAUUUCACAAAACUGCCAUUUAAUGGGUGGAAGUGCCUGAUUUUUUUUUUUUUUUCUUACAUCCCUGCAUCUUUAAAGUUUAGUAUGUAAUAAUUUAAUUUAGCACAUGCAUGUGUGGGAAUAUAAAGUACAGUGGGAAAAGACCACUGCAAAGCCAAAUAUCACUGUGAUUAAUUUAAUUUUGUGAAACAGGGCUCUGUAUAGAUGAUCCAAUUCAUUUUGAUAGCCAUAUAAUCAUAAAGUCAUACAUGAAAUAUACACUUUGUGUCAAGCAAUCUGUGGACUACAAGUGAAACCUUCAUUGUGGUGGAUACAACAGUGCUUUUAAGAUCACUCCAUUAAAAAAAAAUGUUUUGUGAAGGUUAAGUUGGAGCCACAUUUCGGUCUGUAAAAAUAGGUUAAAAGUGCCAUGUGAAAAGGUGUCUGACCUUUAAACUCUUGCAUCUACCACACAAGUAGACAAGGAGAGGAAUGUAGAUAACUGCACUUACCCAAGAGGCUUACCAUCAUGCUGAACAGUAAUUUAUUAACUAUCAGACAGCGAAACCUCUGCAGCCUGUGAACACACAAACUGGGCAUUUAUGACAUCUGUCUUUUUUUUGUCUCAUUUAUCCCCAUGUUAAUCUAACAGUCUUUACCAACAGAUUACCCUCUCAUCCUCCAGGGUUGAGAAUCACACAAAACUUCUUAAAUGACUGCUGGUUUGUUCUGUUUUGUUCAUGCCAGUUGGUACAUUUGUCAGUAUAACAUCUCAGACUGUAGCUGGUUUGUCUCAGCCAAAGUUGCUCUUAAAAGUUGGGGUUUUUUGGUGACUAAUCAAAAGGUUUUACAGGGUUGGAAGCAGAAGUUAGAUCUGUGCAAAUGAUAGAGCAUAUUUAUUGCAACAGAUGCCAUGUAGUUGGUGUUACACAGCAGACCUUUAUACAGAAGAAAUGAUGUCCUUAAGAGGAGUUAUGUGCAGAUCUGAAUGUGAUACUGAACAUGACCUUAGUGAAGAUAAAUGUUAUAUUUAGGUUUUAUAACAGCUGAGGAUCACAGCUGUCAUCAGUGCUCUUCUUGAGUUUUGCUCAUUUUCAUGCUCUGGAAAAACAGUAAUAUCUGCUUGUCAAGGUACACUGGAAAUCAAAGUAUUUGUGUGGUUAUUUUUAGCAGUUACUCACUGUGAGUGACUCUACAUUGUGAUUUUGACUUUGUGUCAAGAGUUAAACAGCUCCAGUUUUAAACAUAAUGCUGAUUUUUGAACUAGUGUACUAGUAAGUGUUUAGAUUUGAGUAUUUUUUUUAAGUUUAAUAUAUUGUUAGAUAAAAUUUUAUUGAGGUCCCCAUAGCAGACAUCAGGAAAAAACAAAUAGCUUUUAAUCAUGUUGGAUUUCUAAUGCUUCUACUGACUGUAUUCAGAUUGGCAUAAGAAACUGGUAAUGUUCUGAAUGGAGUUGGGAAGUUACCAUACUGCAUGCUCUUUUCUUCUUGUGCAAGUCAGCACAACUUAUACAUCAGUCUGUCUUUAUAGAAUAAAACUGUGCGCAG